GAACAUUCUGUAUUAAUUGGACAACAUUCAGUCCCGUUUAUUUCCGGAAAUAACUAGUAAGUGUUAGACUUUGUGUCACGACCGUCAGAACACAAUAAAAAAAAACAAAAAAAAAAACAAACGUCAACACGAUUGACGUGGCCCCGCCCAGGAGAUGGCACACUGGUUUCACCGGAAUCCUCUCAAGGCUACAGCGCCUGUGUCCUUUAAUUUUUACGGUGUUGCAGGGAGCCCCACCGCUAAUAAAAUCUGCAAUGAUCUAAGGACAACAAGAGCGAGGUUGCUGGAAAUGUUCACCGAUGUUACCUGCAAUGCAGAGAUCAUGAAAAGUGCCUCAGAUGCAUACUUCUCCCUUCUGCAAUGCUUUAUUGUAUCCUUGGAUGGAACUACACAGGACAACAAGAUGAGGUAUAUCCAGAACUUCAAAUGGACUGAUACUUUACAAGGGAACACACCGAGUGCCCAACAAGAUGCCAUCUUUGAGCUGGUUUCCAUGUCCUUCAAUGUAGCGAUCUGGUACACAAAGUUUGCCUCAAGGCUUGCUGGAAAAGAAAACGUUUCAGAGGAUGAAGCAAAAGAUGUUCACCGGAGCCUGAAGGUUGCCGCUGGAAUCUUCAAAACUCUUAAGGAAGUCCACAUCCCCCGUCUCAUCACCCCUGCAGAAAAAGGUCGAGACCUAGAUCCCAGAGUGAUUGAUGCAUACAUCAUACAGUCUCAGGCAGAAGCCCAAGAAGUGACGAUCGCCAGAGCCAUUGAAUUGAAGCAUAACGCCUCAAUUGUUGCAGCGUUGGCAUCCGAGACAGCCAACUUUUAUCAGAAAGCCGAUCACACUCUGAACACUUUGGAGCCCGAGUGCAGCAGGAAGUGGAGGAAGUAUCUCCAGCUGAAGUUCUACUUUUACAUGGCUUAUGCGUAUUGCUAUCAUGGACAGACCCUGCUGGGGAAUGAUAAGUGUGGUGAGGCAAUCCGAUCUUUGCAAGAAGCAGAAAAGGCAUAUUCCCGCGCCGAGGAGUUGUGUAAAGAGUAUCGUCACACCAAAGGCCCGGGCACCACGGCCAAACCGUCUGAGCAGCUUUUCUUCCACAAACUGGGUGGCUUCAUUAAGAACACACUGGAGAAGUGCCAGAGAGAAAAUGGGUUUAUAUACUUCCACAAGGUCCCAUCUGAACCUCCCCAGCUAGAGAUGAAAGCGAGCUAUGGCCUGGCCGAGCCAGUCCCGUUUGAGCUGCCACGCCCCAGUGAGCAGUGUACUCCUGAAGUUUAUGCUACCUUUGACCUGACAAGGGGAGCCAAAAACGACAAGGCCAAACCUAAAGAGGAAGAAGUGAAACCAAUGAAGGAACCCGAUUUAAAGCCACAGAAGGACACAGGCUGUACUCUUUCCUAAAUAUAUUUGAUUUAUUCCUCUCAUACUGCAGUAGCAUCCAGUAUCCUUACAAUAUAUCCUCUUAUUUUAUAUGUAUGCUGGAAUGUUUAGCGUAUUUGGACAUAUCAUCAUGAUUGCCAGAGACAGUUAUGGUCGCGUUAUUUUUAGAGAUCAUAGUAAAGCCCAAGUAUUUGUGUCAUUUGAUUGCAACUGUCUUUCAUGAUGUAAACCUAAAUGUAAUCAACUUAGUGUUUUUUAUUCAGCUUGGGGUGUGGUUUAGUACGGUGCCUCCCUGAAGUUUUGAUCCGUGAGCUCCGGCGCAAUGAGAUGGCGCUCGACAAAAUUCAAAAGGCAGGUUUUGCACAAAAAAUAUAUGGGGAGCAUGAAAUAAAUAUCCUUUUUUUAAAUAUACAUUUGUACAAAUAUAAUUAGCUUUACAUUCAUGUAAAUGCAUGGUGGGCCAGCAGAAUUGAUUGGGACUGAUUAGGGCACGUACACCGAUGUCACGUCCCCAAACCCUGAAAACAGGUUAGCAGACUUACUGUGCAGUAAUGAUCAUGACAACGGUUUGAUAACAUAUUUUUUUAACCCCAAUUUACUCUGGUGUCUUUGGACACAAAUUAAAUGCAUGGAUCAUUUAUUGUCAAAAUUGUACAGUAAAGACAAACAAAGCCUAAAAAUUGAAUAUUGUGAACUUUGGCGGCUCCGUGGAUACAUCUCAAAUCUGAAAAAAAUAAAAUGGUUGACAUUUUAAGUUCAUGUGGGGUUUUCCCCCAUCGUCAUUCACCCAAACAGGUCGUUUUGUAGUAGAUGUUGGUUGCAUGUAUACAAGAUUUAGUUUAUUUUAGGUGAAGCAUUUUACAAUCACGUUAAAUCAAAACUGCAGAUAAAUGAAAUAAAUAGAAAAGCAAAUUUUUUCUUGGGAGGCUGUUUCUUAUAAUCAUGGUUCCUUAUUUAUUCAUUUUAUAUUCAAUUUUAACAGAUAACUUCAAACCAAUAGUAUACUGUUGAGUAUGACCCAAAUUAUUUUGUCCAAGUUAAUGUUCUUAUUUUCUUGAUACAUCACAAUUGCCUUACCUGAACUGCUUAAUCAUGUUUACACUAUUUGCUUAAAAAAAAUCUGGUAAUAACACUACUAGUACUGAAAGGUGUUGCUCUCCUAGUGGUUCAGUUUAAGUGCUAAUGGACAGUUACAAAAAAAAAAAAAGUGGCGCUGCAGAGCUGCUGUUAUAGUGUAAAAGACUCCCAGUGGGAUUUAAGCUUGUGUGAGCUGAAGCGCAACAACCACUGUGUCCAGACUGUAUUCUACCACACUUGUGCUGCUUGCAACAAUUUUUUUUUUUUUUGCGGUAGUAGUGAAAAAUGGGAAUGCUGACAACAUUCUACAAAAUAGGAAUACGAUGUGAAAAACAAUUGUUAUGCAUUUUGCAACUGACUGACUGCUUGUUCUGUGUUCCCAUCAAGCCACAUGUUCAUCAAUGAGGUGAAUUGUUUAUAACAACUGAAAAUCACUGGAAUGUACCUUUUGUCGUUUCUGUAAACUGCAUUACAAUAAAUAAUAAAUCACUGUUAUAACUGAG